AUGUCUGCGGGGUUCAUCGAAGCUCAGAUAGCCGGGUUAAGGUGCGUGUUCCUCAUCGAUUCCGGAGCUCAAGUCAACACGGUCACUGCCGAGAUUUUCACGAAGCUGAUUGGUGACGCCAGGUACAAAGGCGACGUUUACGAGGUACAGACAGGAACCGAUCUUCCGUUGAAAGCUUAUGCUACAUCCGGACAUAUUCAAGUGGUGGCUACCUUCUACGCCCCCCUGUUUGUAUCCGAAGAUAGGCCAAGGCUUUUGGAGAAGUUUUAUGUCGUGAAGGAGAAGCGUUCACUCCUUAGUAGACCGACGGCGUUCCGAUACAGCAUCCUUAUGUUGGGUUUACAAGUGCCACUAAGGUCGAGUUCGUCGCAGAUGAACGAGGACAGCAUUGGAGCAGUCUGUGCCGACAAAACGUUCCCCAAAUUCAACAUGCCACCGGUGAAAAUCUCCUACGACGUCAACCGACCUCCUUGCCGUAAUGUCUUCACCAACAUACCGAUCGCGAUAAAAUCUCUAGUGGAACAACGGCUACAGGACCUGGUCAAGACCGACAUCAUCGAGCGGGUAGAGGACGGCAUGGACACUUCUUUCUGCUCGUCCCUGCUAGUAGUGCCGAAAGGAGUGGAUGACAUCCGGCUCGUCAUCGAUUUGCGUGGACCCAACCGUUACAUCCAUCGAACACCCUUCUUAGCUCCGACACUCGAGACGAUUUUGUCGGACCUGGACGGAGCACAGUGGUUUUCGACGAUCGAUUUAUCCCAAGCUUUUUUCCACAUCGAACUGGAUCAAGCAUCACGACAUCUCACCAACUUCUACACAGAGUUCGGGAUGUUCCGCUACGUGCGACUUCCGUUUGGAUUAACAAACGCGCCGGAUAUCUUCCAGGAGUCCCUGCAACGGAAGGUUCUAGCGGGGUGCAGAGGUUGCAAGAAUUAUUUGGACGAUAUUAUUGUCUACGGAACAACGAAAGCAGAACACGACGACAACCUGAAGGUGGUGCUGGCGUGCCUCAGCAACCAUAACGUGAAACUUAACGACAGCAAAUGUAAAUUUGGCCAACAAUCGGUCAAGUUUCUGGGAUUCACCAUAUCAGCGAAGGGCUGGCUGUUGGAAGACGAAAAGGUUGCCGCAAUUCAGAACUUCCGGCGACCCGAAUCCUGCUCGGAGGUUAAAAGCUUCCUCGGUUUGGUCACCUUCGUCGAUCGGUUCAUUGUUCAUCGCGCUACAAAUUCGGAACAUUUGAGGAAACUCGCUACAAGCGAUCACUUCUACUGGAACGAAGAGCUGGAGACGGAAUUCAGAUUCUUUCAGAACGAGGCGCUGGAAACGAUCAAGCGUUUGGGUUACUACAGCACACUAGACCGCACAGAGCUUUUUGUAGAUGCUUCGCCCAUCGGAGUUGGAGCCGUGUUGGUGCAGUUUAACCCGGAAAACCUACCGAGAAUCAUCGCUUGUGCGUCCAAAGUACUGACGGAGUCCGAGAAACGUUACCCACAGACCCAGAAAGAAGCUUUGGCCGUUGUUUGGGGAGUUGAAAGGUUCACGUUUUACUUAUUGGCUCGAUUCUUCACGAUUCGCACGGACUCCGAAGCAAACCAAUUCAUCUUCAACAGUGAGCACAGACUGGGACGAAGAGCGGUCACCCGGGCCGAGAACUGGGCCCUGCGACUACAGCCGUACUUCUUCAGAAUUGAACGUGUUCCCGGAGAUCUGAAUAUAGCCGAUGCCCUCUCUAGACUGAUCGAUGCCUCACAAUCGGACGAAGCCUUUGACGAAUCGGAGGAUAGUCACUACCUUUUCGCGCUGGAUCCAGGCUGUAUGACAAUUACCUGGAACGAAAUCGAGUACGAAUCCGAGGCAGACGGUGAACUAAACUUGGUUCGAGAAGCCAUCGCCACGCAGCACUGGCCGGCGGAACUCCGGGCGUUUGAACCUCAGCGGAAGAAUCUACACGUCCUGGGCGACUUGGUGUUUCGAAACGAGAAAGUUGUGCUUCCAGGAUCACUCCGUCUCAAGGCACUUCAAUCUGCGCACAGUGGACACGUGGGCGAGGUGGCAACGAAGCGCAUCAUUAGAGAAUACUUCUGGUGGCCUCGCAUGUCCCAGCAGGUCUCCAGAUUUAUUCGGAACUGUGAAACGUGUACUCUGCUGUCCAGACGCAACCCUCCUGUACCAUUGGCUUCAAGAGAUCUACCGGACGGGCCGUGGGAACAUCUACAGAUCGACUUCUUGUACAUCCCUAACGCAGGAACUGGAGAAUUCCUCGUUGUGGUCGAUUUGUACUCGCGCUACAUCUCGGUCGUAGAAAUGAAGUCUAUGGACGCAGACGCUACCAACUCAGCGCUCUGCGAGGUGUUUCAAACAUGGGGUUGGCCAGCCGUACUUCAGAGCGACAACGGUCCGCCUUUUCAGAGCGAAACUUUCGUGUCGUUCUGGUCGAGUAAGGGAGUACAAGUGAGGAAGUCCAUUCCAUACUCCCCGCAGUCCAAUGGAGGGGUAGAGCGGCAAAAUUUAGGGAUCAUCAAGGCUGUAAGUGCGGCUAAAUUGGAUGGAAAAGAUUGGAGGAGUGCCCUGCAGGAAUUUGUUCACCGACAUAACACGCUCAUCCCACUCUCCAGACUUAAUGUGACGCCGUUUGAGCUGAUGACCGGCUGGAAAUACAGAGGGACUUUUCCAUGCCUUUGGAAGUCUUCGUCCGUUUUGGAUCGUCAGGAUGUCAGCGAAAGGGAUGCGGAAUCUAAAUCUCAAGGAAAACAGUAUGCCGACAGGACGCGAGGAGCAAAGGAAUCGGACAUCAACGUGGGCGACUUGGUCCUGCUUGCACAACCUAAGCGAAACAAAACGGACCCCACUUUUUCAGCGGAACGCUACACGGUUGUGGCACGAGAGGGACCCAAGGUCGUAGUGGUCAGUAAGACUGGUGUUCAAUAUGCCAGAAAUGUGCAAGAGGUAAAGAUUGCACCACCGAUCAACGCAGACGCAGACCAACUCACGACUACCGACCCGCAAAUUCUAGACGGCGAAGAUCACGACACUGUUGCAAGCCUACCGGAACACAACUCACCCGCAGGACAAGCCAGGAACUUGCGCCAGAGAUCAACAAUCAAUCGACCCCUUAAGUUUAAGGACUACAUCUGCCACAUCUUCCACUGA